AAAACACAAUCUCUUGGGAUACAAAAUAUGCAUUUUUGCAACCAAAAUGCAAAUCGUAUAUCUAAAAUUCAAUCAUUAGUUUAUCACACAAAUACAACUUUUCAAAAGCAAUUAAAAUCUAUUUUUCAAAUAAAUAAACGAGAAUACACAACCAAUGCUGUUUGGCUUGCAACUAGUAUCUUGCAAGUUGGUCAAGUAUCAUUACGUUCUAUUCAUCAAGACAUUUCAAAAUUACAUAUUGAUACUCAAAUCCAUCAGGCAAUUAAUACUCCAUCAUUUGGAAUCUUAGUUGAUGAAUCAACACGAGAUGAAGCAAAAAACUUUUUUUUAUGCUAUCAAUUUUGGAAUCAAAAGGAUCAAAUACCAGUUGUAACUGUAGCUCAUCUUGAAGAUAUUCCUAAUUGUAAUGCAAAUAUUCUUCAUAAUGGUUAUAAUUCAAGUGACAAAGGUAAGCCACUUAACAUAAAUGCUCAUAUCAUUCAAGAAUUAUAUGAUGGACUACUGGGAUUUCAUUAUAAUCAAUAUCGGUUACCUCUUCAAUCUCAUUGGGGUUAUGAAUUGCGAAUAGCUAAGCAGUAUCUUGAUAGUCAUUCAGCUCAUAUUGAAUUUACAGAUUGGUUUAUUAAUGAAUUGGAAAACUAUAAAAAAACACCUAAAUCUUACCUCAGUGAUUGGCAUAUUUUCAAAUCUUGGCCUGCUGAUCCAAAACUUAAUAUUCAAGUUAAAUGUUUAGUUAACUUUGCUGAGCAUUUUUAUGAACCUCUAAUGCAAUUUAUAGUAGGACAAGAUAAUAUUCCACGAUUAUAUGAAGAUGGACAAUUAAUGCCUCCAGGGUGA